AUGUUGUACCCUAAGGGCAGUGGCAGCAGCAGCAGCGGCUACAUAUUAGUUUUACUCUGUCUCCUUCAACAGGAUCAGCAAAUGGCCAAGGGUCAAUCGCAUAGCUAUUUACCAUCUAUAAAUGGCCAGGACACGGCCCCAACUGUUGCGGCACCCAUCAUAACGAAACAAUUCUUUACCAUUUCGGCCGCCGAGGACGAAGAGGACAGACAGCCACGGACAAAACAUUUGGUCAUUGGACAACCACGUCGCAAUUAUCGCAUUAUCUUCAUACGGGCACCUACAGGGGGCAGCGAUCAGUUGAAAUACACAGCCGAGUUGGCACCCCAAGAGGAGCGCACUGUGGUCUAUGUAUUGACGCGCAAGCAACAGGAACUGCAGGCUGAGGAUAUUGUGGCCCAGCCACGCCCCGAAUUGGAGCAUAAACCGGAAAUAUUUUUCAUCAAAUAUCGCACGCAUGAGGAGGCGGCAGCUGCUCAACGUGAGAUUCAAACCCAGUACGAUCAACUGGGUGGCAAUACGGAGCAGGCAGCGCCAUAUGUGGCUCCUAUACAAUCGGUGAUUGGAUCGUUAAAUGCCAAAGAUGAGAGUGUUAAUGGGAAUGCCCCUUAUGCUGGCGUGGCUAGUGGUGCUAUUAGUGGAGCUGGCGGCGGCGGCGGCGGCGGUGGCUAUCAUUAUCCAGCACCAGCAAUACCACCCAUGGCUGUGACCAAUUGGUUGGCGCCACCAAAUCGUGGCAUCUACUAA